AUGGGGGACUGGUCUAUUCUGGGCCGCUUUCUAACAGAGGUUCAGAAUCAUUCGACGGUCAUCGGUAAGAUCUGGCUGACUGUGCUCCUGAUCUUUCGCAUACUGCUGGUGACCCUGGUGGGAGAUGCCGUGUACAGUGACGAGCAGUCCAAGUUCACCUGCAAUACACUGCAGCCUGGUUGCAACAACGUCUGCUAUGACACUUUCGCGCCCGUCUCACAUUUGCGCUUUUGGGUCUUCCAAAUUGUGCUGGUCUCAACGCCCUCCAUCUUCUACAUCAUCUACGUGCUGCACAAAAUCACCAAAGACGAGAAGCUGGAGACGGAGAAGGUCCAGGCGGAGGCCAAGCACCCUGGGCGGCCGGAAGACAAGAGUGUCAAACUGGCAUAUGGACCCCGGGGAGAAGAAUGGGCUGGUCAGGAUGAGGAAAGUGUGGAGCAAAGUCUACUGCAGGAUGAUUUCGGUGAGGUCAGCAAGGACCCAACCACACUCUCCAGUCAGGUUCUCCUCAUCUACAUUGUUCAUGUCCUGAUUCGCUCCGUCCUUGAGAUCACGUUUCUCGUUGGUCAGUACUACCUGUUCGGAUUUGAGGUGCCUCAUUUGUUCCGCUGUGAAACAUACCCUUGCCCUACACGGACUGAUUGUUUUGUGUCUCGAGCCACCGAAAAGACUAUUUUCCUUAAUUUUAUGUUUAGUAUCAGCCUGGGUUGUUUUCUCUUGAACAUUGUGGAGCUUCACUACCUCGGCUGGAUCUACAUUUUCCGCAUGUUGUGUGCCGCCUGCUUUCUGUGCUGCAAGCCAGAGAAGGAGCUGUACCCUCAACACAAACCUUUUUUGCUACGCCUCAGACACUCGAUGAGGAGCAGGCUGGUCCUGCAGUCACCAACAACCACCCUGUCUCAGGAGAAGACGGGGACGGCUUUGCUUUCACACGGCCCAGCCAUCUCGUUCGAGACCGACUCUACACUUGAGUGCACCUCAAAGAGAAACCCAGAGGAGAGGGAACGCAUGAGGCUGAAAUUGGCCAAUAUGGCUAGAUUCACUGGCAAAAAGUCCUGGUUGUAAUGUGUACUGAUGGUUUUAAAUUCUCGUCACAUAAGCUAGUUGUACAUUUCAUGAUUCAGAGGCCUGUUUUAUUUAUUUUGGGGGCCAUUUGAAUAAGGUACAGCUUUUACAAUGUAUGCGGUGGUGCUGCGUCCCCAAAGAAACACUGAAAGUAAACGUUAAGGGCAUUAUAUGCUGAAAUCAGCAGAAAACAGAACGAAAGUGCUCACAUUUUAAUUUGAAAAAUAAAGUUACAUUUAUUUAUCAUAAACAUAAGAGCAACAUACAAUGAUCUAUUACUUGCACACUAUGAA